AACGUCAACAUAUCACCAACAAAAACUUGUCUCGACCACUCACUCUUUCGGCUGUUGCUCCAGUAGUAUGCCUGCCGGCGUAAUUACUUCGAGUACAAUGAUCUAUUAGAACGGUCGCGGAGCUCCUCGCAUUUUUUUUAGUCAUCGCGCCGAAGCCAAGUAAACAGAAGCUGCCAGCGAAGCUACAACGUCAACCGACAUGGGCAACUUCUUUGCGGACUUGAUCAUCUGUGCAUUCAUUUUGGGAACUUUUGGGAUUGCCCAUUUGUUCGCAAACUUUUUGCGACUAUGGCUAACGGCUGGUGCCCAAAGCGAUCUCACCCUCACACAAAUCAUCGACCUUGAUCAGUACUCGAAGGAGUACGCCUGGAUUAUAAAGCUAGCCGUGAACUGCUUCGGGUAUAGCUGCAUUCUGGUGCCCGGACUCCUCAUAUACAAGUACACCAACAAGACAAACUACAUCGAGAAAAGAGAUUCCGGUCCAAUUCAUAAAGCCGUGAAAUUCUGCUUUACUGGAUCUGACAUCGAACGUAUUGAGCCAACAGCCUCAAAAACGCCUUCGAACAAGGCCGUCACAACCGAUUUUGUAGUCCUAAUCUAUUGCUUUGUUGGCUUGAUGGGCUCCUACUUAACAUGGGGUGUCUUACAAGAAAAAAUUAUGACGCAGGAGUACAAGGGUGCGGACGGCAAACUGAGCUAUUUCAAGGAUUCACAAUUCCUGGUGUUUGCGAACCGCGUGUUGGCUUUCGUGAUAUCAGGAAGUUACCUGUUUGUCAAGCAACAAACUAGACAUCGGGCACCGAUGUAUAAGUAUUCAUUUGCAUCAUUCUCGAAUAUAAUGAGCGCUUGGUUCCAAUAUGAGGCAUUGAAGUUCGUAAAUUUCCCAACACAAGUAUUGGCUAAAUCGUGUAAAAUAAUUCCUGUAAUGCUGAUGGGGAAAAUUGUAUUUCGCACAAAGUACGAGUUUUAUGAAUAUCUGACUGCGGUUUUGAUAUCGAUUGGAAUGGUGUUUUUCCUAACGGGAAGUUUGGACGAAAGCAAAGCAUCUUCGGUGACAACAAUAACGGGGUUAUUUUUGCUGUCGAUGUAUAUGCUUUUCGACAGCUUCACAUCAAACUGGCAAGGGGAUUUAUUCAAAACUUAUGGAAUGAGCGCCAUACAAAUGAGUUGUGGCGUUAAUCUUUUUAGUGCAUUCUUCACGGCUGCAUCACUUUCAAUACAAGGAGGUUUUUUGGCGUCCCUGGAAUUCUCAUUGGAGCAUCCAAAAUUUGUGUUCGAUUGCGUAGUUCUAUCAAUAAGUUCUGCUGUUGGCCAGCUGUUCAUAUUUUACACAAUUUCAGUAUUUGGGCCAGUUGUGUUUACAAUUAUAAUGACGCUAAGACAGGCAAUGGCGAUCUUGCUCUCAUGUUUGAUUUAUCAUCAUACGAUAUCAGUCCUUGGCAUUGCAGGCAUCAUUGUGGUGUUCUUAGCAAUCUUUUUACGAGUGUACUGUGAUCAAAGGCAUAAAGCCCUCCGACGUCGAGCUGAAGCUAAUAGAACGAAACUCGCCGUGUAGAUAUAAUCUCCAUAAUGAAAGUGAAGCUACUAUAAUUAUUAAUAAGUAAGGAAAACUCGCAAUCUCCGGACAAAUUUUUACACUGAGCAUUGGGCCAGAUACAAAACUUAAUAGCUAGUCUUGAACAUGCCACUAACAAUAUCUCGGUAUUUUGUCCGAAUUCAUAAACUUUCUAUGCAAACUUCAAUGGUUGGUACUAAUUGUAAUUUUGUCUCUAGUUUUGAAUUUAAUGGUAAAACAGAUUAUUCCGCAUUUCUAAGCUUAUGGGUUGUCUUUUCAUCUUUGUGAUGACACCGAUUGAUUAAAAUCAUAAUCGUAAAAUUCAGUGGAAGCAAGUCGAGAUUACCGCUCACUGAUGCGUACGUAAAUUUAAUAUCGUUGCUGUCAACUCAGUAUGUCCGUUUUACUUCUUACGCAAAAGCGAAUAUCACUAGUGCUGAGAAUAUACAUAUGUUUAUAAUAAUAAUAAUCGUUGGCGCAACAAUCCAUAUUGGA